UUGUUACACAGUGGGGAGAGUGGAGCAGGGAAGACAGAGAGCACUAAGCUGCUGCUCAGACAGAUCAUGGAGCUGUGCAGAGCCAACUCUCAGCUGGAGCAACAGAUACUACAGGUAAGACCCUACACCAAUACUAACAUAUUGCAGGAAAGAAAUCUGUCAUUCUCAUACUAUCUAAUACUAAUAGGGAGCAACAGAUAUUGCCGGGAAGACAGAGGUCUGUUAUUAUACCUAUAACAAUGCUGACUUAUAUCAGACAAAUGACAGUAAUAACAAAUUGGGUUGGGUGCUGCAGGUACAGUGGGGGAAAAAAGUAUUUAGUCAGCCACCAAUUGUGCAAGUUCUCCCACUUAAAAAGAUGAGAGAGGCCUGUAAUUUUCAUCAUAGGUACACGUCAACUAUGACAGACAAAUUGAGAAUUAUUUUUCCAGAAAAUCACAUUGUAGGAUUUUUAAUGAAUUUAUUUGCAAAUUAUGAUGGAAAAUAAGUAUUUGGUCACCUACAAACAAGCAAGAUUUCUGGCUCUCACAGACCUGUAACUUCUUCUUUAAGAGGCUCCUCUGUCCUCCACUCGUUACCUGUAUUAAUGGCACCUGUUUGAACUUGUUAUCAGCAUAAAAGACACCUGUCCACAACCUCAAACAGUCACACUCCAAACUCCACUAUGGCCAAGACCAAAGAGCUGUCAAAGGACACCAGAAACAAAAUUGUAGACCUGCACCAGGCUGGGAAGACUGAAUCUGCAAUAGGUAAGCAGCUUGGUUUGAAGAAAUCUGGGGCUGGGGCUCCACGCAAGAUCUCACCCCGUGGGGUCAAAAUGAUCACAAGAACGGUGAGCAAAAAUCCCAGAACCACACGGGGGGACCUAGUGAAUGACCUGCAGAGAGCUGGGACCAAAGUAACAAAGCCUACCAUCAGUAACACACUACGCCGCCAGGGACUCAAAUCCUGCAGUGCCAGACGUGUCCCCCUGCUUAAGCCAGUACAUGUCCAGGCCCGUCUGAAGUUUGCUAGAGUGCAUUUGGAUUAUCCAGAAGAGGAUUGGGAGAAUGUCAUAUGGUCAGAUGAAACCAAAAUAUAACUUUUUGGUAAAAACUCAACUUGUCGUGUUUGGAGGACAAAGAAUGCUGAGUUGCAUCCAAAGAACACCAUACCUACUGUGAAGCAUGGGGGUGGAAACAUCAUGCUUUGGGGCUGUUUUUCUGCAAAGGGACCAGGACGACUGAUCCGUGUAAAGGAAAGAAUGAAUGGGGCCAUGUAUCGUGAGAUUUUGAGUGAAAACCUCCUUCCAUCAGCAAGGGCAUUGAAGAUGAAACGUGGCUGGGUCUUUCAGCAUGACAAUGAUCCCAAACACACCGCCCGGUCAACGAAGGAGUGGCUUCGUAAGAAGCAUUUCAAGGUCCUGGAGUGACCUAGCCAGUCUCCAGAUCUCAACCCCAUAGAAAAUCUUUGGAGGGAGUUGAAAGUCUGUGUUGCCCAGCGACAGCCCCAAAACAUCACUGCUCUAGAGGAGAUCUGCAUGGAGGAAUGGGCCAAAAUACCAGCAACAGUGUGUGAAAACCUUGUGAAGACUUACAGAAAACGUUUGACCUGUGUCAUUGCCAACAAAGGGUAUAUAACAAAGUAUUGAGAAACUUUUGUUAUUGACCAAAUACUUAUUUUCCACCAUAAUUUGCAAAUAAAUUCAUUAAAAAUCCUACAAUGUGAUUUUCUGGAUUUUUUUUCUCAUUUUGUCUGUCAUAGUUGACGUGUACCUAUGAUGAAAAUUACAGGCCUCUCUCAUCUUUUUAAGUGGGAGAACUUGCACAAUUGGUGGCUGACUAAAUACUUUUUUUCCCCACUGUAUGAGAGACAGAUACUACAGCUAACAGAGUAGACCAGUUUCGACACAUCCCUUCUAACACACCUCAGGCUUGCCCUCAUACCUCAAUUUAAAUCAAUAUGGAUAUGGAAUUUACAUGAUACGAACAGAAUGGGACACUCCUCUUAUUGCCAAUGCCUCAAACAUAGUUUGAAUGGGAGUUGGAUGAUGUUGCCCCUAGACACUGAUCCAAAGCUAGUUUGCCAGCUUAUUUUCAGAGUAUGCAGCAGCAGUAGCAUUGAUGGAGGACUGAUGAAGGACGUGCGGUAACACAUUGAUGACGUCACCAUCUUGAUCUUCAUCUCUGUGUGUAGUUGUCACAGUAAAUACAGGGCUUGUGACCUGUUCGUAACACUCAUGCCGCGUUCGAAACAACUGGGAACUCUGGUCAAAUCAUGACAUCAGUGAUCUUCAGGUCGGAAAGUCGGAGCUCUGGAAAGAGGCCCAAGUUCCCGAGUUGGAAUUCCGAGUUGGAUAACCGUUCAAAUCGAUUUUUCCCAGUUGGAGCUCGUUUUCUUCCGAGUUCCCAGUUGUUUUGAACGCACUGAAGUCAGAAGUUGAAGAUUUCUGAGUUCCGAGUUCCUAGUUGUUUUGAACGCGGCAUCAUUCCAACGUCUGUGUGUCAGCCAUUUUAGUGUGUCACUCAGUGGAAAAUAGGCCGUUUAAGGUCCUACUUUGUUCUUUUACGGCCCCACCUUCAGGUUGACUUGGUUUUUAUGGGAGAGAAACAAUUAAAUGUCACGAUUGCAUUAAAGAAAGGGCUUUUCUUGAAAUAGCCUUGAUUGUUGUAUUCCCAUAGGCCUGCCCACUGCUUGGUCAGAGAAUGUAGCAGUGAUAAAGAGGUGUGUUCUAGAAGGUAUAAUAACAGGUUAGGUUACCUAAGUCUCAGUGUUCACCAUUCUGUACCAACAAACAGAGCACACCAUGCACUAUGCAGAUGCCAACAAUUGGGAAAUUAACCAAUUGGCAUAGACCUCAGUUCAUUGCACACCUCUCGUAGAUCCUAGUCUCAGAUUACCUACUAUAUACCAUAAACAAGACUCUGCAGUUUCAGUUGGCCCUAAGUCAAACGGCAACACAUUACCCAAUAACACCAAAGCAUGUUUUUCUUGUUGGACGUGUAGCUGAUGAGACGGCACAGUGGAGUAUACCGGUUUGAACUCGCCCAACACGGAAUCCCAGUCCAGAAAUGAUAGACAUGGAUUGGCUACAUGCAGUUUGACAUCGUAGGACAUUUUCUUUGGUUUGUUUAUAAAAAUGAAAGGAGGAAACCCUCUAAGUCUGAAGGAAAUGAGGAACUAUAGAGAUCCCUAGAUAAGACUGGACUGCCUUGUCUGUUUUGUCUGGCCUGUAUUAGCUCAAGGUUAACUCCAAUGCUACAGAAACAAAUUCUGGAUUCUACUAAUAUUUUAUGCCUAUACAGUGCAAUCGGAAAGUAUUCAGACUCCUUGAAUUUUUCCACAUUGUUACGUUACAGCCUUAUUUUAAAAUGGAUUAAAUUGUUUCCCCCCCUCAUCAAUCUACACACAAUACCCCAUAAUGACAAAGCAAAAACAGGUUUUGAGAAACUGAAAUAUCACAUUUACAUAAGUAUUCAGACCCCUUACUCAGUACUUUGUUGAAGCACCUUUGGCAGCGAUUACAGCCUCUGGUCUUCUUUGGUAUGACGCUACAAGCUUGGCACACCUGUAUUUGGGGAGUUUCUCCCAUUCUUCUCUGCAGAUCCUCUCAAGCUCUGUCAGGUUGGAUGGGGAGCGUCGCUGCACAGCUAUUUUCCGGUCUCUCCAGAGAUGUUCGAUCGGGUUCAAGUCCGGGCUCUGGCUGGGCCACUCAAGGACAUUCAGAAACUUGUCCCGAAGCCAUUCCUGCGUUCUCUUGGCUGUGUGCUUAGGGUUGUUUUCCUGUUGGAAGGUGAACCUUCGCCCCAGUCUGAGGUCCUGAGCGCUCUGAAAGCAGGUUUUCAUCAAGGAUCUCUCUGUACUUUGCUUCGUUCAUCUUUCCCUCGAUGCUGACUAGUCUCCCAGUCCCAGCCGCUGAAAAACAUCCCCACAGCAUGAUGCUGCCACCACUUGCUUCACGGUAGGGAUGGUGCCAGGUUUCCUCUAGACGUGACGCUUGGCAUUCAGGCCAAAGAGUUCAAUCUUAGUUUCAUCAGACCAGAUAAUCUUUUUUCUCAUGGUCUGAGAGUCCUUUAGGUGCCUUUUGGCAAACUCCAAGCGGGCUGUCGUGCCUUUUACUGAGGAGUGAAUUCCGUCUGGCCACUCUACCAUAAAGGCCUGAUUGGUGGAGUGCUGCAGAGAUGGUUGUCCUUCUGGAAGGUUCUCCUAUCUCCACAGAGGAACUCUGGAGCCCUGUCAGUGACUAUCGGGUUCUUGGUCACCUCCCUGACCAAGGCCUUUCUCCCCUGAUUGCUCAGUUUGGCCGGGCAGCCAGCUCUAGGAAGAGUCUUGGUGGUUCCAAACUUCUUCCAUUUAAGAAUGAUGGAGGCCACUGUGUCCUUGGGGACCUUCAAUGCUGCAGAAAUGUUUUGGUACCCUUCCCCAGAUCUGUGCCUCGACUCAAUCCUGGCUCUACGGACAAUUCCUUCGACCUCAUGGCUUGGUUUUUGCUCUGACAUGCACUGUCAACUGUGGGACCUUAUAUAGAUAGGUGUGUGCCUUUCCAAAUCAUGUCCAAUCAAUUUAAUUUACCACAGGUGGACUCCAAUCAAGUUGUAGAAACAUCUCAAGGAUGAUCAAUGGAAACAGGUUGCACCUGAACUCAAUUUCGAGUCUCAUAGCAAAGGGUCUGAAUAUUUAUGUAAAUAAGGUAUUUCUGUUUUUUAGGAUUCAGGAUUUUUAUUUAUUUAACCCAUUUUAGAAUAAGACUAACGUAACAAAAUGUGGAAAAGGGGAAGAGGUCUGAAUACUUUCCGAAUGCACUGUGUAUAUAUAUGUAUAUUGAGAUGUUUUACAGCUCUUCCACUUAUGUUCUCAUAUAUAUAUACACUACCGUUCAAAAGUUUGGGAUCACUUAGAAAUGUCCUGGUUUUCGAAAGAAAAGCAAUUUUUUUGUCCAUUAAAAUAACAUCAAAUUGAUCAGAAAUACAGUGUAGACAUUGUUAAUGUUGUAAAUGGCUAUUGUAGCUGGAAACGGCUGAUUUUCUUAAUGGAAUAUCUACAUAGGCGUACAGAGGCCCAUUAUCAGCAACCAUUAGUCCUGUGGGAUGCUGACCUAUGCAGAGUUGCAAAGAAAAAGUCCAGUGUCUGUGAUCUUUUAUCUAUCUUAAUCUUUUAUUUUUAUUGGCCAGUCUGAGAUAUGGCUUUUUCUUUGCAACUCUGCCUAGGUCAGCAUCCUGGAGUCGCCUCUUCACUGUUGACUUUGAGACUGGUGUUUUGCGGGUACUAUUUAAUGAAGCUGCCAGUUGAGGACCUGUGAGGCGUCUGUUCCUCACACUAGACACUCUAAUGUAUUUGUCCUCUUGCUCAGUUGUGCACCGGGGCCGGAAGUGUUUAUCCGACUGGAUAAAAAAAAGACAAAAUGUCCCCACCCCACAUCUAAAACCAAAGUUGUGCCCAUGUUCAGCAUUGUUGACUAUCUUGGCAGCUUGAGGGAAAGGGGGCAGAAGGGAUGGUCUCUGUCUUCUGUUGUUUCAAAUAUGCUGUGUGUAACCCCUCAUUCAUAGCAGUGUUCAGCAACCGAUACUUGAAAUUAUGAUAUAGCAUCAAUCAAGUGAUGCCAUGAUAACCUGAUCUAAUGGCUACAUAUACAGUAUGAUGGUAUGGGAUUGUCAUCCAUCAAGGCCAAAGGUCAUGAUCUGCUUUGAUUGAUAUUGGAGAAGUAUGCUCUAAUGCACAUCCCUUUGAAAUGUAAUUGGACACAUGUUGAGGAUGGUCCUUGUGAAAUAAGAUAGUGUCAUAGCGCUGUGCUUGUUCUUAUUGUACUACAGUACGGUCCACUGUAUUGCAUUGGUUACCAAACUUGUUCGCAUUGUGACCGAACUAAAAGCUUUCGAAUGUUCUUGUGACCCGCCAAAUAAACAAAACCUUGUUUCUGGUUUUCUGACACGACCCAAGAGACACUUCCUUCCCACCAUUUUGGAAACCCAAAUGGAAUAUCAUAACACCAUGGAUGUUUUACUUUUCUUCCCCUUUUUACUUCCUCUUGGCUCCCCCGCUGUGAUGAGUACUAUUGUAAACACACAAACUUGACCGACGUCUCUCUCCGGCCCCUGUUUUCUCACGCCUGUCUCAUGGUACGAGAAGUUCUCUGUGGGAUAUGUGAUGAGACUGAGAGCCUCGAGGAAAACUAGGAAGUGUGGGAAAUUCCUCCAGCCUUUCUGGGGAAUUGCAUCACUGGGACUUGGUGGGAGUGAUUGGCUGGCUCCUUGGCUGUGAGCUAGGGUUCAGAGAAAGGCUGUGUUUGACAACACUUUAUAUUACACUGAUGUUAUUUCGGGGUACAUGUGGAUGUGGUUAGAGUAGAUAUGGAUUUGAUUAUCUUGUAUGGCUUAGGUCAGUAUUCUGUAAUGUACUGAGCCCAGGUACUGUACAUUCGCUGCUUAUUCUCUAACACAAAAGUGUUACAGCUGCAUGUUCUCUUCAGUCAGGUUGCUCAUUAAGUAUUCUAGACCUUUUAGGAACAGUGGAAAAUGUAGUUCAUCUGACCACUUCUAGAAAACACAGUAAGAAUGGAAAUAUGGGUUGCCAGAUAUACUGUAGCCACAUGUUUUUCUAUGCCACUCAAUCAGGGAUAAUUGGGAGAGCCAGAGAAGGAGUACAGAGUUCCAGCAGUCAAAACAACAUAUUUUCCAGAGUUUCACAUCUUCCAUUUCCCCCUGCUUUUCUCUUGCGGUCUUCUGAUGAGUUUGAGCCAAUCUUAGGUUCACUGAGUCCAAAUAAACAUUCAUAAUGCAAAUUAUACUAAUAAUGCAAACUCUUUUCAUAAAUCACUUAAAUCACUUAAAGUGCUCCCUGGAACAAGUAAAUGGUAUUGACGAUCUCACUUGACUAUUCCAAAUAUGGUACAGCUUCUACCCUCUCUGACUGUCCUCAACAGUUGGCCUGGUAAUUGACGGGAUGGAGGAAGUGAGAAUUUAGAAGAGGUUAAAACUGUGAAAUAUGUUGAAAGGCUGAGAGGAAAUCCUGUGUCAUUGACUCCUACCUCAGCAUGCAAUCCCCUCAAUGUGGUUACAGCCAGGACAUUGGUUUCAUUAGAAUAAUGUGUUUUGCAAUAUUGUUUAAAAACGAGUAUAUUGCUCUUGCUGCAUGCUUUUAUAUGUUUGCUAAUGUUGACUGUUGACUUAUCAACCUGUGUGCAAAAAUGAUCACCACCACAUAAUUUUUAAUGGCCUGCUAGAGUUCAACACACUGACAUGACUUGUAAUCAAGUUAUAUCGAGUCGAAGGACAUGUUACAAAGUGUUUUACAGCUACAAUGUGCCAUCUCUUUGCUCCUGAAUAACGGCAUUGUCUUCCUCGUCCAACUUUCACUUCCUAUAUUCUCCUGAGGUGUCAGAUAUCAUUAAUUUACUAAUUAAUCCAAUGACCUUUGACUUUGGUAUUCAUUUCCCCUGGGGAAAACUCUUGACCUUGCUGCUCUGGUAGUGUGGUACAGCUUCUACCCUCUCUGGAGAACCUCUAUACCAGGCGGUGUCAGAGGAAGGCCCUCAAAAUUAUCAAAGACUCCAGCCACCCUAGUCAUAGACUGUUCUCUCUGCUACCGCAUGGCAAGCGGUACCGGAGUGCCAAGUCUAGGUCCAAAAGGCUUCUCAACAGCUUCUACCCCCAAGCUAUAAGACUCCUGAACAGCUAAUCAUGGCUACCCAGACUAUUUGCAUUGCCCCCCCCACCCCACCCCAUCCCCUUCUUUUACGCGGCUGCUACUCUGUUUAUUAAUUAUGCAUAGUCACUUUAACUCUACCCACAUGUACAUAUUACCUCAAUUACCUCGACUAGCCGGUGCCCCCGCACAUUGACUCUGUACCGGUACCCCUGUAUAUAUAGCUUCCCUACUGUUAUUUCUAUUUUACUGAUGCUCUUUAGUUAUUUGCUUUUAUUUUUUUACUUAACACUUUUUUUAUUUUACUUUUUUCUUUCUUAAAAAAACUGCAUUGUUGGUUAAGGGCUUGUAAGUAAACAUUUCACUGUAAUGUCUACACCUGUUGUAUUCGGCACGUGUGGCAAAUAAAAUUUGAUUUGAUUUUGUUUCAAAGUACCACAGCCUUAACCUUCAUUGUCUUUACUAGUCAGGAAACAAGUGAAAGGUUUCACUGGUCAUGAAUUCUGUAUUGUAUUGCAUCCAGAGAACAAUGCUAUCAUUCUUCACUUGUUUAUCAGAUGAUACAACCCUUAGUGUGUUUUGAUGCUUAGCCCCUCUGCCAGCUGGCCUUGGUUCCCCUCUAAUGAAGUGUGGUCAGGCACAUGGCUAGUGAACUACUCUAAUGCUGUAUAUGCCUCAUGGAAGGUUGCAAAUGUCUUUGAUAUCAAGAAUCUAUCCAUGUCUUAUGAUUAGGGCUUGGACAUGUAAAACUCCAGGCCCCAUUUAGGAUCACCAUGAUGUAAGUUCUGGCGCUGUACUAAUCUUGUACUGUAUGGUAUUUCUAGGUGAAUCCUCUGCUGGAGGCCUUUGGCAAUGCCCAGACUGUGAUGAAUGACAACAGCAGUCGCUUCGGGAAGUACAUUCAGCUGCGCUUCCACAACUCCUCAGGUGUGUGUGUGUGACGGUUUAUUCAUCAUCUACUGUGUGUACUUAUGUUCAAAUGUGUUUAUUUAUACACUGAAUGUAUGUGAUGAUUGCAUUGAUACGACAGACAUUACAUGUAGCAUGAGCGUUUCAUGUGUUUUAACACUGAUCCUGUGUGUGUCCGCGUGUGUAUGUGUGUGUCCGUGUGUGUAUGUGUGUGUCCGUGUGUGUAUGUGUGUGUCCGUGUGUGUAUGUGUGUGUAUGUGUGUGUCCGUGUGUGUAUGUGUGUGUCCGUGUGUGUAUGUGUGUGUCCGUGUGUGUAUGUGUGUGUGUGGUGCUGUGCUCUAACAGUAAAAGGAGCUAAGAUCAAUGAGUACCUCCUGGAGAAGUCUCGUGUGGUCCACCAGGAUGAGGGCGAAAGGAACUUCCAUAUCUUCUACUGCAUGCUGGCCGGCAUCUCCCCAGACGACAAAGACAUGUAUGGACUCCUGGAUCCCACGCAGUACAGGUGGGUCCACUGUGAUGUCAUCUUUCUGCAACGUUUCCUCCACAGGUAGCGAUGACUCUGUGAGGUGCAACAGAGUGACUGUGGUCCGGGAAGUUAGAUAGUACCACAAAGUGUCAUAGGUCACACUCUCAAUAUUUUUUUUUUUUGUUUGUUUUUCCUGACAUAAACCAAGGUGUUUGUUUUGGAAGUCUGAUAUCAAGGCUUAAUGUUCCUUCCUGCCUUUUUUGGUUCUUAUGGCGUAUACAAAUAGCGACCACAUAGUUCUCAGUGUUGUACAGUAUGUGUAUGCUACUUGUAUUUCACUUCUUCUUGACAAUUGAACAGGCCUAGGCCUGGAGUGAAAUGCUAGGUAUUUAAACAAUGUGAUGUUUGUAGUUCCCUAAGAUACAGUGCAGUUUUGUGCCCUAAGAUACAGUGCAGUUUUGUGCCCUACGAUACAGUGCAGUUUUGUGCCCUACGAUACAGUGCAGUUUUGUGCCCUACGAUACAGUGCAGUUUUGUGCCCUACGAUACAGUGCAGUUUUGUGCCCUACGAUACAGUGCAGUUUUGUGCCCUACGAUACAGUGCAGUUUUGUGCCCUACGAUACAGUGCAGUUUUGUGCCCUACGAUACAGUGCAGUUUUGUGCCCUACGAUACAGUGCAGUUUUGUGCCCUACGAUACAGUGCAGCAAUGUAGAAGCCUCAAAGUGUUUGUCUAUCAGAUAUGCAUAAUGCGUUAACCAUCAUGCCUCCUUCAUAUGUAGCCUAUGUGUGUGUUCUUAUCUGUGCGCACUCAUCAGAUCUGUAUAAAUGUGUUUCUGUGGCUAUGUGUCUGUCAGGUAUCUAAAUGGGCGGUACGGCUCUGAGGACAUAGUGAGGAAAUGGGGGGAGAAGUACAGUGAGGUGUGUAACGCCAUGGACAUGGUGGGAUUUGAGGAACAGGUAAGACCUCUCACUGGAAAACUCUCUUUCUCAUCCAUCCUUUUUACAGUAUGUCAGCCAUAAAAGCAAACUCAUAUCGUCCAUAGUGCCAUUGGCUGGGAUUUCACAUGUUCUCCUUGAGUAGAACAUCUGAAUCUGAUUGUACUUUAAUGUUGGACUAAUUGGUUGAUUGACUGAUAAACAAAUUGUUAGAUGUUAUUGACCAAUUGAUAAAUGACCAAUUGAUUGACUGAUGUAUUGACUGACAGAUGGACUGAUUAUAUAUGUAUAUGUUGUGUCAUCAGGAGAAGGUAGACAUGAUGACUAUCCUGGCAGGGAUCCUGUCUCUGGGAAACAUCAUGUUUGAGCCCACAGAGACCGACGCGCUCAGGGUCACUGGCAAGUCCAUGGGCUGGCUCAAAGCCACAGCCGUGAGUCUACAUCCUCCUCUACUCAUUCUCUGCCAUUCUUUAUUUUGCUCUCAAGGAAAUGGCUAGUCUGACACAGUGGCAGUAUAAAUUAUUACGAACGUAAGAGGAUGGUACCGCUAAACCAAUAGGUUAAUGAAUAAGAUAAUGAAAAUUGGUGGCUACAGAGUACAUUUAAUUACAUUUGUCCUAGUUUGGUAGCAGCAUCUGUUAACGUUAGCAAUUUCCUUAUUGACCUGUUGGUGUUUUCCAAGACAGCAGUUAGCAUUUUUUCCCCUUUCCUCCAUAAAUGUUCAUCAGUGGGAUUGACAUAACGAAAUAGAAACUACAAUAACAGUUCGAAUCAACAGUUUACAGGAGAAGAGUCCAUCUGAUAGUGGUUUAUACAGCCGAAGGAAGUGGUCCAACGACUAAGCUAGGGAAAUAAACUGACUGCAUUAUCAGUCCUGAGUAUACAUAGUAAAACAAACAAGGGGAUUUUUGAGGCAAUCACUACAGUACUCGCCUUACAAAAUGACCUCUGACCUUUCUAACAUGGGCAGCUGCUGGCUCCUGGAGACACAGUUUAGACACUUUUUGUGUGUGUUUCUUGGUGUGCUUUUCAACUAGUUUGGGUGUGUGCAUGAUAUUGACAAGUUUUACUGUGUCUGUUUGUUUGUGUAUGCAUACAGUGAGGGGAAAAAGUAUUUGAUCCCCUGCUGAUUUUGUAUGUUUGCCCACUGACAAAGAAAUGAUCAGUCUAUAAUUUUAAUGGUAGGUUUAUUUGAACAGUGAGAGAGCAUGUCAAAAAUUUUAUCAAUUGAUUUGCAUUUUAAUGAGAGAAAAAAGUAUUUGACCCCCUCUCAAUCAGACAGUUUUCUGGCUCCCAGGUGUCUUUUAUACAGGUAACGAGCUGAGAUUAGGAGCACACUCUUAAAGGGAGUGCUCCUAAUCUCAGCUUGUUAUCUGUAUAAAAGACACCUGUCCACAGAAGCAAUCAAUCAAUCAGAUUCCAAACUCUCCACCAUGGCCAAGACCAAAGAGCUCUCCAAGGAUGUCAGGGACAAGAUUUUAGACCUACACAAGGCUGGAAUGGGCUACAAGACCAUCACCAAGCAGCUUGGUGAGAAGGUGACAACAGUUGGUGCGAUUAUUUGCAAAUGGAAGAAACACAAAAUAACUGUCAAUCUCCCUCGGCCUGGGGCUCCAUGCAAGAUCUCACCUUGUGGAGUUGCAAUGAUCAUGAGAACGGUGAGGAAUCAGCCCAGAACUACACGGGAGGAUCUUGUCAAUGAUCUCAAGGCAGCUGGGACCAUAGUCACCAAGAAAACAAUUGGUAACACACUACGCCGUGAAGGACUGAAAUCCUGCAGCGCCCGCAAGGUCCCCCUGCUCAAGAAAGCACAUAUACAUGCCUGUCUGAAGUUUGCCAAUGAACAUCUGAAUGAUUCAGAGGAGAACUGGGUGAAAGUGUUGUGGUCAGAUGAGACCAAAAUGGAGGUCUUUGGCAUCAACUCAACUCGCCGUGUUUGGAGGAGGAGGAAUGCUGCCUAUGACCCCAAGAACACCAUCCCCACCGUCAAACAUGGAGGUGGAAACAUUAUGCUUUGGGGGUGUUUUUCUGCUAACGGGACAGGACAUCUUCACCGCAUCAAAGGGACGAUGGACGGGAACAUGUACCGUCAAGUCUUGGGUGAGAACCUCCUUCCCUCAGCCAGGGCAUUGAAAAUGGGUGGGUAUUCCAGCAUGACAAUGACCCAAAACACACGGCCAAGGCAACAAAGGAGUGGCUCAAGAAGAAGCACAUUAAGGUCCUGGAGUGGCCUAGCCAGUCUCCAGACCUUAAUCCCAUAGAAAAGCUGUGGAGGGAGCUGAAGGUUCGAGUUGCCAAAUGUCAGCCUCGAAACCUUAAUGACUUGGAGAAGAUCUGCAAAGAAGAGUGGGACAAAAUCCCUCCUGAGAUGUGUGCAAACCUGGUGGCCAACUACAAGAAACGUCUGACCUCUGUGAUUGCCAACAAGGGUUUUGCCACCAAGUACUGAGUCAUGUUUUGCAGAGGGGUCAAAUACUUAUUUCCCUCAUUAAAAUGCAAAUCAAUUCAUAACAUUUUUGACAUGCAUUUUUCUGGAUUUUGUUGUUGUUAUUCUGUCUCUCACUGUUCAAAUAAACCUACCAUUAAAAUUAUAGACUGAUCAUUUCUUUGUCAGUGGGCAAACGUACAAAAUCAGCAGGGGAUCAAAUACUUUCUUCCCUCACUGUAGAUCCACAUGCUAUUUAAACAGGUGGUAGUGUGUGUGCGUGCAUGUGUUCGCACACUCGCACUGGUCAUGUGCGUGCCUUCUAUUUAAACAGGUGAAUGAUUGCCCCCUCCUCCAUAGUCCCUCCCCAUUAGCAGCCCUCCCAGGCAGACAGUGGCGGUGGCAACAUCUGGCCAGCUUAGAUAAGACACAGGGCCUUUAAAAGGUCACAAGGGGCUAUAUUUGGAGUUUAAUGGAGUGGUGCAACCAGCAGGGGAGAUUAGAGCAUGCUACCAGCAGGGGUGAUUAGAGCAUGAUAACAGCAGGGUUGAUUAGAGCAUACUAACAGCAGGGGUAUUAGAGCACGCUAAUAUCAUGGGGGAUUAGAGCAAGCGAACAGCAGGGGAGAUUAGAGCACGCUAACAGCAGGGGUGAUUAGGGCACGCUAACAGCAGGGAUGAUUAGGGCACGCUAGCAACAGGGGUGAUUAGAGCACGCUAACAACAGGGGUGAUUAGGGCACGCUAGCAACAGGGGUGAUUGGAGCACGCUAACAACAGGGGGGAUUAGAGCACGCUAACAGCAGGGGUGAUUAGGGCACGCUAACAACAGGGGUGAUUGGAGCACGCUAACAGCAGGGGUCCGACCACUGUAAUGGCUUCUCCCUUAGUGAUCCUAAUGCUAAACUGUUAAUCUUUGGUUCCUAACUAUCCACUCACUACUACUGACUACUACUGGGUAUCCAGAUAUGAAGCAAAUGUAUAGUUUGAGUGAACUAUACCUUUUGAGGGCUAAUAGUAAAAACUAUAGCAUUAGGACUGUUUCCCCUUUUUUGACAUUGAUUAAUUGAAAGUAUCGCUGUCUGAGGAUGAUCUUUGUGUGGCAGGUUUUGGCAUGCCUAGCAUUGCCUAGCAAUGCCAUGACCUUAGCUUUGCAUGUUCAGUAGUGCCACGUCUGGGCUAAAAGGGCCUUGGGGCUGGGUUAUAUAGGAGCUAUUGUGUGUAAGCUUGUGUACUUUGUACACUUUCUGUGUAGGCCUAUGUUUCUGUAUGUUAAAGGGAUACUUCAGGAUUUUGGAAAUGAAGCCCUUUAUCUACUUCCCCAGAAUCAGAUUAACUCGUGGAAACUAUUUGUAUGUCUCUGUGUGCAGUUUGAUGGAAGUUGCUGACUAGCAUUAGCGCAAUCUAGUGCAAUGACUGGAAGUCAAUGGUAACUGCUAGCAUGCUAGUAGAUACCAUACACUUCCAGUCAUUGUGCUAAAGCUAGUUAGCAUUCACUUGCGAAACUACCUCUAACUUCCUUUAUACUGGAUGCAGAGACAUAAAAAUGACUCUGGGGAAGUAGCUGAAGGAUCAUAAAGGAUCAUUGCCAAAAUCCUGAAGUAUCCCUUUAAUAUUUGUGUGUGUUUGCCUUCUCAGGGUCAGUUUGGGGUGCAGGAGGAGGAGUUGCUGAGGAGUCUGACCUGUACUCUGUCUGUGACGAGAGGAGAGGCCAUCCGCAGGCUGCACAACCAGCAGCAGGCCGAGGGUAAGGAGAAAAACACUGGUUCAGAAUCAACUUCCCUUACCACCAUCAACUUAGCCAUUAGAAAGGAGGGCCUGGGUCAGGGUUAACCACCAUGGAUACUAACUGUUGUUGUAGGGCCUCUAGGGCCCAGUUUCAUCAUUCAUUUGGGUUUUCCAUUAAACUGGAGAGCACACAGUUUGUGUACAUUCCUGGCAAUGCUAGAACAGUAUGAAAGAACAUUACAGAAUACGGUUUCAUACAGUAAAUGUGCGGUGUCUUACUAAUGCCAGCCAGUGAUGUCCCUAAGAUAUUGGACAGAUUUGUGUUUUCACCCUAAUGGUUGAGGUUAGGAUUGAGGGAGGGUAAGCUGACCACAACUUCCUCCUAGUGUGUUUAAAGAAGGCCCAUGUCUGUCUGACCAACCACUGUAAAUUGUAUUGUAUUUAUUAAGGAUCCCCAUUAGUUCCUGCCAAGGCAGCAGCUACUCUUCUUGGGGUCCAGCAACAUUAAGGCAGUUAUAUACAAUUUAAAAUGUUACAUGACAUUACAUUUCAUAACACUUUACCCAACACAUUAAGUGUGUUCCCUCAGGCCACUAUUCUACUAUCACAUGUCUACAAUACAAAAUCCAUGUGUACGUGUGUGUAGAGUGCGUGUCUGAGUCAUCCGCAUACCUAGACACACUGGCUUUACUCAAGGCCAGUGGCAAGUCAUUAGUAAAGAUAGAAAAAACUAAGGGGCCUAGCCAGCUGCCCUGGGGAAUUCCUGAUUCUACCUGGAUUAUGUUGGAGAGGCUUCCAUUAAAGAACACCCUCUGUGUUCUGUUAGACGGGUAACUCUUUAUCCACAAUAUAGCAAGGGGUGUAAAGCCAUAACACAUACGCUUUUCCAUCAGCAGACUAUGAUCGAUAAUGUCAAAAAGCCGCGCUGAAGUCUAACAAAACAGCUCCCACAAUCUUUUUAUAAUCAAUUUCUCUCAGCCAAUCAUCAGUCAUUUGUGUAAGUGCCGUGCUUGUUGAAGGUCAAUCCCUAUAAGCGUGCUGAAAGUCUGUUAUGAAUUUGUUUAUAGUAAAAUAGCAUUGUAUCUGGUCAAGCAUAAUUUUUUCCAAAAGUUUACUAAGGGUUGGUAACAGGCUGACUGGUCGGCUAUUUGAGCUAGUAAAGGGGGCUUUACUAUUCUUGGGUAGCGGAAUUACUUUUGCUUCCCUCCAGGCCUGACUGCUUUAGCGUCAAUGGGAGAGAGAAAAGAAACUGAAGCUCAAAAUGGAAAUGCUAUUAAUCAUGUUUUCAAGAUAAUUUUACUCCAUUAAUAUGUUGUUGUCGUGUGUUUAUCUGCAGAUGCCAGGGACUCCAUUGCCAAAGUGGCUUAUGGGAGAGUAUUCGGCUGGAUUGUCAGGAAAGUUAAUGAACUGCUGGCUCCCAACGUUGACAUUGACGUUGAACUGAAUGAAAUAGGUCAGUUUAAGGGAAACUUUAAGGCUUCGAAUGUACCAAAACUCUAAGUUUCGUCUUCUCAAGCAGAGAUGGUCAAUAUCAGAUUGACCAUUCUAUUGUCUUGUUCUAUAAUACAGGUAUCCUUGACAUUUUUGGGUUUGAGAAUUUUGCCGUGAACCGUUUCGAGCAGCUCUGCAUCAACCUGGCCAAUGAACAGCUGCAGUACUUCUUUAACCACGUAAGUGUAAACAUCAGUGCACAAAGAAGUAGCCCUGUAAUCUUGGGUCCCUUAGAAGUGUUUUUCUAUUUAAGUCCCCUAAAAUGACAGCCUGUAGGGUUUGUUAACGUAAGACCCAAACACUUAAAAGAAACACGUGGUCAGUGUUAGUAGAGGAACAGGAAUCUGAACAUAGUCUACAAUUGGUUCUGCUUUUUGAAAUGGCUAUACAUGCCUAUUUAAUUGUCUUGUUUUAAAUGUUAUUUUUCAGUGGAAGCCUUCAGAAAAACAUGUACAUUUAGGUCAGCUGGCCUACAGUACAUACAGUGAGUUCCAAAAGUAUUGGGACAGUGCAUUUUGUCUUGUUGUUUUGGCUAUGCACUCCAGCACUUUGGAUUUGAAAUGAUACAAUGACUAUGAGGUUAAUGUGCAGACUAUCAGCUUUAAUUUGAGGGUAUUCUUAUCCAUAUUGGGUGAACCGUUUAGAAAUUACAGCACUUUUUGUACAUAGUCCACACAUUUUAGGGGACCAAAAGUAUUGGGAAAAAUGCACUUGUGUAUUAAAGUAUUUGUCAUAUAUUUCUUUCACACAAUGAUUACAUCAAGCUUGUGUCUCUACAAACUUGUUGGAUGCAUUUGCUGUUUGUUUUGGUUGUGUUUCAGAUUAUUUUGUGCCCGAUAGAAAUGAAUGGUAAAUAAUAUAUUGUGUCACUUUUAUUGUAAAUAAGACUAGAAUGUUUCUAAACACUUCUACAUUAAUGUGGAUGCUACCAUGAUUAUGGCUAAUCCUGAAUGAAUCGUGAAUAAUGAUGAGUGAGAAAGUUACAGAGGCAUAAAUAUCAUACCCCCCCCAAAAAUGCUAACCUCGCAUGUUAUUGUAAUGGUGAGAGGUUAGCAUGUCUUGGGGGUAUAAUAAUAAAUAAUAAUAAUAUGCCAUUUAGCAGACGCUUUUAUCCAAAGCGACUUACAGUCAUGCGUGCAUACAUUUUUUUUGUGUAUGGGUGGUCCCGGGGAUCGAACCCACUACCUUGGCGUUAAAAGCGCCGUGCUCUACCAGCUGAGCUACAGAGGACCACAACGGUAUGAUAUUUGUGCAUCUGUAACUUUCUCACUCAUCAUUAUUCACGAUUCAUUCAGGAUUAUCCGUAAUCAUGGUAGCAUCCACAUUAAUGUAGAAGUGUUUAGAAACAUAUUAUAUUCUUAUUUACAAUAAAUGGGACUCCAAAAUGACACAAUACAUUAUUUACCAUUCAUUUCUAUCGGGCACAAAAUAAUCUGAAACACAAUCAAAACAAACAGCAAAUGCAUCCAACAAGUUUGUAGAGUCACAAGCUUGAUGUAAUCAUUGCGUGCUAGGAAUAUGGGACCAAAUAUAAAACCUUUGACUACUUUAAUACACAUAUAAGUGAAUUUGUCCCAAUACUUUUGGUCCAAUAAAAUGGGGGGACUAUGUACAAUAAGUGCUGUAAUUUCUAAACGGUUUACCCAAUAUGGAUGAAAAUACCCUCUAAUUAAAGCUGACAGUCUGCACUUUAACCUCAUCUUUAUUUCAAAGUGCUGGAGUACAGAGCCAAAACAACAACAAAUGUGUCACUCUCCCAAUACUUUUGGAGCUCACUGUACUGAGUGCAUGUGAUGCUGGAGUUAAAGACACACAGUCUACUUUUACUAGUCACACUGCUGUGGACCACACUCUACUAGGAAACAUGACACAGUUUACCUUUGGGGCCUGUCCAUGUGGACACUGAGUAUAUUGGUUCAAAAGUAGUGUAUACAUGUCCAACAAACAUCCACAGGUAUCUGGUACAAAUGCCAUAGGAAAAAGAAGACAAAUACCCACAAACGGAGUAUAUUUCCUGAUAUACUUGACUCGCACGUUGAUAAACAUGACACCAGAUCAGGAAGAGCUUUAUUUUCUCUCUUAGGCCUGAAAUGUGAGGCCUCACCACCACAUUAUUACCAGCCAUCAAACCUCCCUGUACCCUGGUUAUUUUGGGCCUACAAAAUGUUUAUAGGGAAGGGGAUCUGUGUUUAAUAUCUUGUUCUUCUUUCUCAAACGGCAGCACACAUUUUCCACUCUGUCAUUUGCAGCUUGUGAGGGCUUCUGGGGGGGGGCGGGGGUAGAAAUCUGCUUAUGAUUAUUUAAUAGUGUCAGAUCACUAGACUACAACUGCAUAGGGCUUCAGGGCUUCUUUUGGCGUUUUUGUGACUGAAGGCCACACGCAAUUGAAUGUGCCAUCUUCUAAUGAAAUGAUUGGGCAAAGCAUAUUUAUCCAAUGAAAAAUUUUCCCCUGUGACCAAAGCUCUUGUGAAAGAAACUGGAAAUACCUGCUGUCCUUUUGUUUUGAGUCAUUCAUGCGUCUUUGUAUGCAUUUGUCAUCCUGCAGCACAUCUUUCUGAUGGAGCAGAAUGAAUACAAGGAAGAGGGCAUCGAGUGGGAAACCAUCUCCUUCAAAGACAACAAGCCUAUCCUGGUAAAAAGACAUCCUCUUUUUUCCCCUCAUCACUUACAGUAGUACUCUUUUUCCCUCUCAACCUUUUUUCAUCCCCCUUUUACACCCUUUCUCUUUCUCUCAUACUUUUUUCGCUCUCUCUUUCACUCUCUUUACCUCCCCCCUCUCUCAGUAAUAACACAGACAGGUUGUGUAAACCCAGUGUGAGUCUGGCAGACAUAAAAGAACAGAACGUAGUGACGGCGACCCCAGGAAGGGGAAAUGCUGACAGGGCAGUGUUCAGUCACAUGCCAGUAGCUUAAUAGGCACUUGAGCUUUUAGCCUGUGGCAUCAUCCUCUUGUCUUCAUAGAAGCCACUGGGUUCAUUUGGCAGAAAAUGAAAAAAUAUUGUCCCUGUUCAUGGCUGAAGGUAUGAGUAGAGCCAGUCGGUAAGUUAUGGGAUAAGAUGGACACAUUAGGAGUUGUGGGAAGAAUUCUAACUCGAGUAAGGAUUGGACCCUAGGGUGAGUAAUGCACAACCUGGAUCCACAGGUAAUUUGCUGUGUACCCACUCUCAGUCCUAAUGCCUACAGAGCACUAUAAAACUUCUAGAGCAUUUUACAGUGUAGGGGCCCUAGUCAAUAGAUUGGGAAACAAGGUUUUCAGGAUAACAAAUAUUCUCCUUGUACUGUGAGAAUGUCUGUUUUAAAGUUAUAUGAAGUUGUGUACCAUGUUUGUUUUACCCAGUUAACAAUUGGCUAGAUGAACCCAAAUAUGCAUUUUCAGAAAUGUAUUUGUUUAGGUGUUUUUCCUUGUCUCAUAAACAACUAAUGUGUGUCUCUCCCGCAGGACCUGAUCCUUACUAAACCCAUUGGGCUCCUUUCUCUUUUGGACGAGCAGAGUGCCUUUCCUCAGGUACGAUAGUGGUCUCCAUACACCCAUACAUCUUUGUAUUAAUCAGGAUUGUGGUCAAUUCUAUUUCAAUUCCACUCAAUUCAGAAAGUACACCAAAUUCCAAUUGGAAUUUCAGUGUACUUCCUGAAUUGACUGGAAUUUAAAUGGAAUUGACCCCAACCCUGAUAUUAAUUUAUGUGUAUUAAUUCUAAUCUCUUGUCCCUAUUUGUCCCCUCAGGCAUCAGACAGAGACUUUGUGGACAAGUUGAACAGUAAAUUUAAAAGCAGUCCACACUAUGAGGUGGUACGGAGUCGCAGCCCCCUCUUCACUGUGGUUCACUAUGCUGGGAAGGUGAGGUUACAUACCCGCCUUUAUAAUAAUACUUUAUAAUGCACUAUGAGUAUUGAUAUAGGCCAUUAUAAGCUAUUGUUUACAACUACACUUAUACUACAUUAUGAUUGCAUUAUAACUCAUUAUGAGUGUGUUUAUGGACUUCAAAUAAAGUGUUAGUGAAUUCGGUCCUUCCUGUGUCCAGGUCCAGUAUAACGGAGUAGGCUUCCUAGAGAUGAACAGAGACACCAUCCCAGCCAGCAUCAGAGACCUCUUCAUCAACAGUGUCACCCCUCUACUCAGUGUCCUCUUCGCAGGUACGUGAGGUUACCUGAAUGUUUCUGUGUUCUACAGCUCUAUACUUAGCCAGAAAUGACCCAGUCUAUGGCUUUUAUGUUUUUAUUGCUGAUGCUUACUCACUGAUUAUGUACGUUUUUUUACACAGUGAUUGUUAAACUGUAGCUAUUAAAUCAGUUCUGUAAACAUGCUUAACAUCAAUCAGAGCUGAUACAAAAUGACAUGGGCUGGUUUCCAAUGAGGGUUUGUGGACAAAUACAUCCCCUGACCACCUCUUAGAAAAUGAUGUAGUACGCAUGUAUAAAUAAUACAUGCUUACUCUUAUCUGAACACACCACCAUAACAUGUACAGACUCUGGUUAGUUUGAGCAUUGUUCUAGUUUAAAACAUUGAUCACAGUCUGUCUGGCAUCUCACAUCUAAUAUUCAUGCGAUUCAUAUUUUAUGUAUUUUCAGCCACUAUCUCCAGGACAGGGACCUUGAUGCCACGCAAAGCCAAGGUAGGCACUGUAGAUCAUAAAAUAUUCGGAAUUGUUUUUACAAAGCGCAGCAGACUAUGACAUCGAUUCUGUAGAAUAUACGAUUAUUGGUAACUAACAGCAUGGUCAUAUUAUGACCUUUCUUACACUGCAAGUCAGAGCCAGAAAGUGGAUGUUUGGGGGUUUAAAGGAUGUUAAUACUUUUUCCUUUAGCUCAUGCAAAAGGCAGAUGACAACUUUAACUCAACUAGGAAACAGUCUGUGGGGGCCCAGUUUAAGGUAAGAUGGGAAGUUGACUUUAUAUAGCACAUCUGGAUUUAUAAACCUCUUAUUUCUGAGCAUUUGGUUUCAUAAUGAUGUCUGAGCACUAAGUAUGAACAAAACUGAAAAUCCUUGUAAAUAUGCCUACCUAUAGACUGAACUGCUGUAAAAUAAAGAUGCAAAGAUAAUGGUUAGUAAUCUCCACUGUGUGUAUGUGUGUCUUCCUGCAGCACUCUCUGGCUGUGCUGAUGGAGAAGAUGUUUGUGGCCAGUCCUCACUUUGUUCGCUGCAUCAAACCUAACGGCAACAAGCUUCCUGACCAGGUGGACAACAAAAGGGUCAUGGACCAGGUGAGAACCAAUAUAUCAUAUACAGUGCUAUGAAAAAGUAUUUGCCCCCUUUCUAAUAUUCUCUACUUUUGCAUGUUUGUGAUACUGAAUGUUAUCAGAUCUUCAACCAAAACCUAAUAUUAGAUAAUAUAAUAUAUAAUAUAAUAUGCCAUUUAGCAGAAGGGAACAUAAGUGAACAAAUAACACAACAAUUACAUAUUUAUUUCAUUUAUUUCAUAAACAAAGUUAUGCCACACCCAAUUCCCCUGUGUGAAAAAGUAAUUGCCCCCUUACACUCAAUAACUGGUUGUGCCACCUUUAGCUGCAAUGACUCCAACCAAAUGCUUCCUGUAGUUGUUGAUCAGUCUCUCACGUCACUGUGGAGGAAUUUUGGCCCACUCUUCCAUGCAGAACUGCUUUAACUCAGUGACGUGUGGGUUUUCAAGCAUGAACUGCUCGUUUCAAGUCCUGCCACAACAUCUCAAUUGGGAUUAGGUCUGGACUUUGACUAGGCCAUUCCAAAACCUCCAAUUUGUUGCUUUUUAGCAAUUUCAUGUAGACUUGAUUGUGUGUUUUGGAUCAUUGUCUUGCUGCAUGACCCAGCUGCGCUUCAGCUUCAGCUCACAGACGGAUGGUCUGACAUUCUCCUGUAGAAUUCUCUGAUACAGAGCAGAAUUCAUGGUUCCUUCUAUUAAGGCAAGUCGUCCAGGUCCUGAGGCAGCAAAGCAUCCCCAAACCAUCACAACACCACCAUGCUUGACCUUUGGUAUGAUGUUCUUACUGUGCAAUGCAGAGUUUGGUUUUCACCAGGCAUUACUGGAACCAUGUCGUCCAAAAAUUUAUACUUUUGAAUCAUCUGUCCAUAGAACGUUCUUCCAAGAGUCUUGAUGAUCAUCCAGGUGCUUUUUGGCUAACUUGAGUCAACUUUUUGGAUGAGAUGGGUCCCAUUAUGCCUGGCGAAAACCAAACACUGCAUUCCACAGUAAGAACAUGCACAAAUAUGCAAAAGUAGAGAACAUUUGAAAGGGGGCAAAUACUUUUUCAUAGCACUGUAUUAUUUCAGAUACUGUACUCUAGGCAUAUCUAACCAGGUAGCAGCCAAUGCUUUAGUAUUUCCCCUAGCUAGAUUAUUUCCUAGGUGGGGUGCACAGGCCUACAGAUACAACACCAGUACUUUUGUGCCCUCAAUGUUUAACCCUUUUUUCUGAAUAAUCAAUGCUUUCAAAAGCUAAGCAAAGGUGCAUUACAAAUGCUAUGUGAACGGUGGAUAAUUGUCAGUGCUAAAAGUUAUAUCUAUAACACAGUAUUGAUCCUUAGUGUGGAUUGAGCAAACUUCAGAGUCAGGGUUGUGUUCAAUAGGCACGAAACUGAAGAAAUCGGACUGAAACUGUCUGAACUUGACCAAUAAGAAAUGCUUGAUUUCCUUUUCCGUAGCAAAGCAUUUUGCUAUGGUGUGUCCUAAUGAACACGACCCAGUCCCCAGUAUGGCGAUCAGUGGUUGGCUAAGCAGCAGCAGUAGCAGGGUCUAGGUCAGGGCCGGCGUUAUGGGUGGGCCUUAGAGGGCUUGGCACGCCCUACCGUACCUCUUUGCCCAUCCAAAUAACAUAUUGAAAUAGUGAGCAUUUAUUUGACCGAGACGGGCGCCGACAGAAAGUCUCAUCAAUCUCAGAUAAAGCAUCCGAGUGAGCGAAACCGCGCCCCUCUGUCUCAGUAUGUGUGGACCACGUAUCUUAUUCUGUCUGGACCAAAAGAGUAUGGCAUUUCAUACUAUUUCUGGGCAGACAGCAUCAGAUACAUGGGCGACAUAUAGUAAGACAGAGGGGCGCUGUUUCGCUCACUCGGAUGCUUUCUCCUGUGAGAGAGUUUCAGCAGAGCAGAAGAGGCGAAGCGAAAGGGCUCACUCUCGCAUAAAUCUGUCCAGAAUAAGCCCAAUGUGUUUCUAUAGGCAUAAUAUGUAGACCUAAAGCUUGUCGCCUGACUUCCUGCCUUUGGAACAACGACUCCCAUUGUUAGGGCGGAGACAUGAGCAUCUCGUCAUUAUAGACAGCUCUCAGGUUUCAGACUGUUAUGAUAAUGGCUUCCCCUAAAGUAAAUUGAUGUUUUGCCAAAAUUAUAUAAUUACUACUGUCUAAAUAAAAACAUAAAAAAUACUUCACCUGAGAGCAUGACUUAGCCACAGAGGAUCAUUAGAUUGUUUAUUUUAAAAAAUAGCUGUGUAUUGUUUCAAAUCAUAAGUGUGUAAGCCUAUGCUUAUUUGGGAAUCGUGCAAUUUGGGCAGCAUGAAUGGCAAUAUGUCUAGCUGAUUGAGUUGUGGCUGUCAGUGAAAAGCAUCUAAAAUACUGUAUAUGUGAAGAUAAUGUGUCUUGAGUAUAAUUUAAAAUGUUGCAACAAGAAGGAGGGGAGGAGUGUGUGAUGAAGAUAUGGCAUGUCUCUCUCUAGAAUGCUACCGCACGGCAAGCGGUACCGGAGCACCAAGUCUAGGUACAAAAGGCUUCUUAACAGCUUCUACCCCCAAGCCAUAAGACUCCUGAACAGCUAAUCAAAUGGCUACCCGGACUAGAUGCACUCAGCUCUCCAGAAUGCGCUUAGUGGUCUCCCGCCAAUUCUUGCGCCUUCAUGGUUUCAUUAUGUGAAUUGUUUGCCCUUUUAUUGUUUAAAAAAAAAAUCAAUUACAUAUGUCACCAAUAGGCCUAGUAAAUGUACCGUUAAUCCCCCGUUACAUAAAUGUAUGUUACAGUUCUCAUUCUCAGAGUGGAAACAUUGUUUCAAAAAAAAAAAAAAAAAAACGUGCCCGCCUAUUUAAAUCAAAGGCCCGUCUAACGGAUUUGUUCUGGUGCCGGCCCUGGUCUAGGUACUAGGUUAGUGGGUCAGUGUGUGACUGUCUGAUGUUCAUAGGAAGUGGAUUUGGCCCCAGGGGAGGGUUAGUGUAGCCCUGAUGGCACAAUGAAGCCGGUCAAUACCCUGCCCUGUCGGUGAACACUGCUGUCUAGUCUGACACCAGGGGUCUUUCUUCCCUCGCCUCUCCUCGUCAUCUGUAGUCCAUGCCUUUUAAUUGUUUGUCUAGGGCUGAACUGAUAUAACAGUACAAUGCAGUAUUGACGUGGGGGGGGGGGAGACUAUGGUUAAUUACUGUGAAAUUGUGGUAGAUAGUCUGUGUUAAAGCUGAUUAAGGAAUUAUUCAUUACAUAUGUGGGUCAUUCCACAAAUAAGGUAACUUGAGAAGUGUCAUAAAGAGCACGUUCAACUUCAUCUCAAGAGGUUAAAUAAAAAUCCAAUAGUAAGUGCCCAUUAAGUGCCAAAUAAAGUAACAGGGUUGACCAUAACAGGGUUGACGAUUUCUUCUUAAAUUAUUCAUAAAUCCACUUGUGACAGGGGGAAUGGAAGCUUGUUGUGUGCAACAGGGAGUAGCAUUUGAAUGCAUGUUUAAAUGUCUAGCCUGUCUAUCUAUGGGUAACAGUGUUGACGUGUUAUGCUCGGCCCACUCAGUUUACCUUCACAAAACACCAGAAAAUGACCAAAAAAAGUAGAACCAGCUCACCUGCUUUUACUCUAUGAUUUAUUGAACUAUUAAAAAAUAUUUUCAAAAGAGAGUUCAGUUCACAUAACAGGGUUGACCUUAAAAUGAGGGACAGAUGUAAAUGAAUCACUGAUCACAUGAAAUAAGUAAUAAUCUUCAGAAAUGACUUUGUCAAGCAACAAAAUAACUAAAGCUUUACAAUGAUGGUGAAACUUGGAUAAGUGUUUUGGUUAAGUGGGUUAAAAUCUUCCUAGAAGUGAUACAGGGCAGAUUUGUUAUUUAUUUAUUGAAUUAUUUAUUGAAUAUUGUAUUUAGUCUAUACUAAAUGUAAUAUAACAUGCUUUUCAAAUUCAAUAUUGGUGCACAAUUUCUACUUAAAAUAUCGAAGGGAUGCAAAAGGCACUCUUUUCGUGGAACGACCCAUGUAUUUAUAUUGGUUAUAUUUGGCGUAAUAUACAGAUUUUUACAAUGUUCAUCAUUGAGAUCUCUGUGCUGUAGCUCUAUUGCCCUCCAUAAACUAGACUAGUUGAAGACUAGUUCAAGGCUGGGUCAAGACUAGUUCAAGGCUAGGUCAAGACUAGUUCAAGGCUAGGUCAAGACUAGCCAAAAUAGUUGUCAUUCUAAAGCUACUUGACCAUCUGUGAUUUGUGCUUUUUAAACAAUAAUCACUCCCCGUCAUCAUCAUAACUGUGCCUUAUGUUACAUUGCCACCUGCUGUUCAGCUUUGACAUUGCAUUUAGUUUCAAAUAAGUCCAGUAGGUCUCUAAUAUGGCCAUCAAUUACAUCUGAUUCUGCUUGGGGUAUGUGGAACAUAUUCAAAUGAUAACUAAGGAUAAUUAAAUAUUUCCAGCUAAGAUACAACGGCCUGCUGGAAACCAUCAGGAUACGAAGAGAUGGCUUCUCCUGGCGACCGUCGUUCAAAGAAUUUGCUCAGAGGUGUGUGUGUGUGAAUUUAUAUAUUUUGUAUCAAACUUUGCAUUAUCUGUAACAUAGCUACUAUCAUCUUGGCCAACACACAAACUUGCAUGCAUGAUAUUACUGUGCACUGCAGUUUUAUUUUCGCCGCACCAUGCUAAACUCUUUUGUCUUCAGAUAUAACAUUCUGCUGAUAAAGCCAGAUUUACCACUAACCAAGGAAAGGUAUGUAUAAAGACACUUUCACUCAUUCCAGCAAUUUUAAAAAGAUAACAUACACCAACAUCACGUUGCGAUAUUUAACCGAAAUUUGUAGCUGUACUUUGUUACCUCUUAUCAAAUGUAACCUGUGUGGUUUGUGGGUGUUUUUCAGCUGCAUGUCCAUCCUCAACACUACUGAGAUACAUGGCUGGAAGUGUGGGUAAGGCUACAGUAGAUGCUCUUGUUGUGUUAAAUGAUUGCCACAAUCAGUCCUAGAAGACUAACUUACUUACUCCUGAAUCUUCCUGUAACAAAGCUUCCUUUCAUAAUAUGUCCAUUCAUCAAAGCAUGUCAUUCAGGUUAUACUCAUCAGAUGUUUCAUGCUUUUAUGCUGCAGGUAAUAGUGUUGAUAAGAUUUCAGUUUCAAGACAUUUAGGUAGCUGCCUCCAUUGACUUAUGGGAACACUCAACACUAUUAAUUCUCCCAGAUUUCAACUCGUCUACUCCAACAUUCAAUUUGUAGUCUUAUAAAACUAUAUCAGUCAACUGAAAAUCAGUCUGUCAAAAGCAGCUCAUUCUUCAGUUAACAGUUUAGUGUUGUCAUUGGCUUGUAUUGGGAGGUCAGCUCAGGGUUUAUAUUGAGUAGAGAUCUUUAUCUCAAUUGCACACUUUCACCCUCUUGGUCCCCUGCUCUUGCUUUCUCCUGCUGUGUUGUUCUUUAGAAAUGUCCCAGAAUUAUGAAUGUGGCUUAAUGAUUACUGGAGUUAAGUGAUAAUCUCAAUCAUUCUCGAAUUUGCUCUCUAAUUUAACAGUGCUCUUUGCCCUCUGCAAAUAGUGCUUAAUAUCUAUGAACGUUGUUCAAACAUACUCUCUCUAUCUCUCUCAAUAUGGCAGCUCGUCUCGUCUGUUCUUUAAGUACUGGCACCAGGAGGAGUUGGCCAGGCUGUUGGAGAGACUGGGCAAGGCAGCACUUGUCAUCCAGAAAAGUAAGGGUCACUCAUACAUAGUAUCUGGAACAUAAUCUCUCAAAUGUCUGUCAAACAGCUUCAUUGGCCUCUGUGAGAUGUUGCUGCUUUGAAACUCAUGCCUGAGGCUAGAAACCCUCGCAGGUAGGUAGACUAGGUUAUUAUCAUUGAAGUAAACAUUGUUUAAUAAUGUCCCAUCAUGAUGUAUUUCAAACAUUGCCAUCAUCAAGUUACUUGCAGUUUUAAGUGCUACCUGCAGUCUUUGUGUUGCAACCCCCCACAACCCUGCAAGAUGGAUGAUAGUUUCUCUGUUAUACUGUCUGGUAUCUUGAUUUCAAGGCCUGUAAUGACUGUAGCAUCAUUUUGUGUCGUAAUGUGGUCCUUUACCAUGUGUCAUUCAAUAGUAAUGUUUCUCUCCUUUCUAAAUCUCCACUGUAUCUCUCUCUCUCAAUUUCUCUCUCAAUCUCUCUCUCUCUCUCUCUGUUCACAUUCUCACUGUUGCUGUGUUCUUCAGACUACCGCUCUCUGCGCUACAGGAGGAAGUACCUGUCCCUACUGUUGGAGGUGCGCAGACAGAGGCAGGCCCAGAGAGAGAGGGAGGAGGAGGAAGCCAGGGAGGAAGAGAGGAGGAGGAAGCAGGAGCUGGAGGAGGAGAUGAGGCGACUGGACAUGGAGCAGGAGAACAAAAGUAAGGAGACAGAAUAUUGCUUUCCUUCUAUCUCUUUUGCCCUCGCUCUGCCUCUCUCUCUCUCUGCCUCUCUCGCUCUCUCUCUCUUUCUUGCUCACCUAUCUCCCUUCCUUACAAUCACCUACUUGUUCUCUUUCUCCCUAACACUGUUAUAUUUUUGUUCUUGACCUCUUUACCCCUCUCCAAACUCCUUCUCUACACCUGUACAUGCGUGUUGCCAAAGACAUUUCUGUAUGAUGACUUAAAUAUUUCAGCAUUCAAGAAUUUGUAAGGAUCCUUGUCACUCACCGUAUGCAGCUCUAUGAGUGCUGUAUCAACAGUAUUGUGUGUGUGUGUGUCUCAGGGCCCGUCUCUCCACCCGUGCCCCUACCCAGGAGGAAGAAGCCUCAGCCCCGGCCUCGCUCCAUCCUGCCCACAGCUGCCCACCUGGCCCCUGUCCCCCGGCCCCGCAACAAACAGUUUGAGGUGGGCCAUACUCAAAACCCUACACUGGCAACCUUAAAUUAAUUUGAAACAGUGAAAAGUCAUUUGCAGAAAGUAAUCUCAUGUUUAGCCUCUCGGUCUCUGGUGCUAGCAAGCACUAGCUAGCCCAUGGACAUCAUGUUAGUGGAAACCUGCUAUUAACUGAUCUUGUACCCUUCGACAAUCGCUCUCCCACUCUUUCCCCUGACAUCCCCUCCUAGUCUCUGAUGACUAGAUUACAUCAGAUCAAGCAUUAACUGGCAAUAGCCGACACCCACAUAGCUGAUGUUUGUGUCGGAGGUGUAAAUUGGUGAGCAGCUGCUCUUGAUCAUUGUCACAAAGCCACACCCGUCCCACUCGCGUUAAAAGUUCAGAAAGAGAAAGUGUAGGCUAUAUAGAAAUAAUUUGACGCUCAAAUAAAAAAUCAUUAAACAAAAUAAUGAGGAUUUCUAUCAUCCUAAUGGAGGUGUAGAUUACCUCUCACAUUCUAGUGUUCAAACUUGUAAACAAGGCUGUAUGGGAUUUCUCUUAAUACGACUCCAUGCAGCCAAUGGCAAUGUCCACUUUAGGUAUAAUUCCAGGAGCUGCUUGUGGAUUUGACAGCUGUAACACAGUUCCAUCUCCGACACCGCCAAAACAACCACUAUGCGGAUGUCAGCUAAUGAGAUCUGAUUGAAUAGAACCCUAAAUUUGACCCUAAACUGAGCCUUAAACUACCCUAAGAUUUACCCUAUACGGUUCCCUCUGUCUCUCCCAGGCCACUCCCUUUGACAACCUGGAGGUGCACUGUGAGCUGGCUGAGCUGGUGGGCCAGGCGUGGGGAGAGGAGCGGGCCAGGGAGAGGAGCAAGAAGAGAAGAAACAACAUCCGCUGGUUCAAGGAGACGCAGGCCCGCAAGGUGGUCCGCAAUGGUGCCUUCCCCUGCUGGUUCCAUGGCAUGAUCACACGUAGGUCAGUAAGACAGGAUGACACACACACACACAUACACACUCUCACUCACUCACUCUCUCUCUCACACACACACACACACACACAGCAUAUGUUUUACUAUCCUUGUGGGGACCUAAAAUUGAUUUCCAUUCAAAAUUAUAUUUUCCCUAAACCUAACUCCUAACCUUAAACCUAACCCCUAACCCUAAUUGUAACCCUAACUCUAAUUGUAACCCUAAACCUAACUCCUAAGCCUAAAAUAGCCUUUUCCUCAUGGGGACCUGUGAAAUGUCCCCACGAGGGAGAAUUUUCCUUGUUUUACUCUCCUUUUGGGGAUUUCCAGUACCCAAGAGAAUAGUAAUACACACACACACACACACACACACACACACACACACACUUCAGACUUAAUUCUGUCAGAUUUCAGUGUGGUUUUAACCACUCUGUGUAUGUCUCCUCUCCAGACAAGCGGAGGAUCUGAUGACGGACAAGCCUGUAGGCUGCUUCCUGAUUCGUGUAGGACAGAGCCGGGAGGGCUACACACUAACAUACAAGUAAGACUGAGGAUGACAAUCUCGAUCCUAAUGACCUUGCCUUUCUGGGCCUUAUUCUCAUCACAUCACAUCAGAUCAGUGAUCACCUUGAGGAAAGGGAGGAAGAGUACGGUUGAGAAGUGUAUUUGAACAGGUUGACAGACAAGUAGAAAAAGAGCAGAAGACAGGGUUGUAUUCAUUAGGCAGUAAACUUUUUGAAAUAGAUUGGAAUGGGGAGGUACUAACUGAACUUGUCCAAUUAGAACAGAGAUUUUUGUUUUCAAAGUGUGCUGAAAACGACCCAAAGCUAUAGCAUGACAUAUAAGACAUUAAACCCCUAACUCCUGUUUGCCCCCUCACCCUGUUUGACCGAUAUGUGCCCUUUACCCUCUGACCUCUCCGUCUAUCCGAUGUUAGGGGGGCGAACCGCUGCAGGCACUACAUGAUCGAGAUGCAGUCCAACGGGAAGUAUGUGAUCCUGGGGGAGGAUAAAGCCCACCCCUCCCUGCCUGACCUGGUGCAGCACUACAGUCGGGUGGGCAUCAAGCCCUUCAACGAGCUGCUCACCACCUCCUGUGGACAGGUCAGCACUUGGGUCAAACCCCUUUAGGGUCUGGCUCCUGUCAAAUACUGUCUUGAAUAUACUCACAGUUGGCACAGGCUCUGGCAGGACCUGUGUGUAGUACUGUACAUUAAGAAUGGAUAAUCGAACAUUUUAUGCAUUUCAUGUUAUUCUGUCUGCUGUUCCAGACAUGUGACCAGAACACAGACUACGAGGAUUUGAAGGGCCUGGAUCACCUGGCCGUGGCUGACUGCGGGAGCACCAAGUCUGGGGAGGAGGGUGAGUCGAGCCUGGAUCCGGCCCACCUGGAGCUCCAGCGCCUCUUCCUGCCACAGGGGCAGAACCCCGACCUGGAGGCCCAGAGUCCCCCUGUCCUCAGGCGGAUAUCUGACCGCAGACACCGGGCAGAGGCUGGAGGAGGAGGGAGGCUCAGGGAUGGGGAGAGAGGAAGAGCGGGGGAAGAUGAGGAGGGCGAGCGGGACCACAAGAGCAGGCCCUUUCCCCGGUUGUAUCCUUCCAUCCGAUUGGCUAUGAGGGAGAUCCAGCAGAUCCAACAGGUGAGAGGCAAUGAUGAGGAGAGGGAAGGGGUUGGAUAGAUGGAGGGAGAGAUGUAGAGAGGGAGACUUAAUAUGUUCAAUAGUAAGAUGAUUGGACAGAUAUUAUAGUUUAGACUUGAACAGUCUAUGUAUUAAAGGGAUGCUUCGGGAUUUUGGCAAUGAAGCCUUUCAUCUACUUCCCUAGAGUCCGAUUAACUUGUGGAUACCAUUUCUAUGUCUCUGCGCUGAGACAUGAAAAUGGUAUCCACAAGUUAAUCUGCCUCUGGGAAGUAUAAAGGGCUUCAUUGCCAAAAUCCCGAAGCAUCCCUUUAAUGCUGGAUAAAGUCUAUCAUCAUUUCUCAGUUUCAGCUAAUUUCCCAAUGUAAUUACACAAACAUCUUCUUGGAAUGUCAGGGUCUAUAGAACUGGCUGGGUACAUCUGGUCUAUCGCUAGAACUGGGUCAAUUACAUAUGCGUAUAGAUAGCAGUCAGUAUAUGGCGUUGAACCAUUAAAAUAGCUACGCUGUAGGCAUAUUCUUUAAAGGUUGUCAUUACAAGCCCUCUCUGAAAGAUGACGCAACAUACUACUUCAUUAUUCACUAUUGCGAAAUGGGAUUUUUGAAUUGAUACACUGUAGGUUGAACCCUGUCUUUGUUUUCUUCCAAACCAACCCAGAUAAUUUCUGAACCUCAGGGUUAAUUUUAGGAGCUGACUUUUAUGCUGAACCAUGAUUAUCUGAAUACAUAGCCAAACUGACACAAUUCAUGCUGGAGUAAUAAAGAAUCGUGGAAUCGUGGAUGCAUUUGUGAUGUUUUCUGUCUUGUGUCUGCAGCACUUUUCAGAUGGCCAGGAACAGAGCCCCACUGUCUCUCACAGUCCACCCAAACCCUUCUGGAGGAGGAAAGGUAGGUUAUAGUAGCAAGGAUCUGUCUUUUUCAGCCAUCUAUUUCCUGUGUUUGAGGGGUGCAAAAUCCACUUGUCACUUAAAUCUUGCUGAAUUGAUUGCUUUCAUUUUACUCCUGCGACUCUUUCAUACUCUUGCUUGUGCCUGACGUUUUUUCCUGAUAAUGUUACGACUGCGGAAAUGUUUGUAAUGACCUGUCAAACACACCCCGUUAAUGGCUGAAAUGGGCUCAAGGGAAUGCAUUGUCUUUCCGUUGCGUUUAUAAAAACGCUAAAGCUUCGUUGGAGAUUUAACACAUCAUCUCGACACUUACAUCACAAGAAAGAGAAGAAAUAACUUUAUUUUGAUGGAUGUAAAUUUUUUGUGGAAUUAAAAAAAAAAAAAAAUUUAUACAGUUGAAAUAUUUACAAAUUAGAGGCGCUGAAAUGAAAGCAACUUCCGAAAAUGAACACUUGGAUUAUAGUGAUAUUAUGACUGAUCUCGCAAACAAUGUAAAGUAUGUAUAGAUAGGUGUAAUCUGGAGCCAAGCGUUUUGAUUUUUAAUUAGAGCGUAUCCUGCUAUUGACACACUUGUUGAAUUAUGCAACAGAACAUGACAACAACAGUAAUUAAUGAGGUCUAGACAGUGCAGGUAGGCCUAAACAGAGCAAGUUUUUGGUGUUUGCAGCCCUGUUUCACCCCUUUAUAUUAAUGCAUUAAUAUAUGCAAAUACACCCAGUGCAUUUAUACAAAUGAGGCACAUAUAAUUUUCUUUAUUUUAACACAAAAUAUUUUUAAAAAAUACCUGAUACCAUUAGAAAAUGUAUAUAUGAGUGCAUUCUAAGAGAAGUGUAAUUUGACAAAUGUAAUACCUGAAUUCCCACCAAAAUCCCUGAACUUUUGAAUGUGCUAUAAUUCAAUCAACAUCUGAUGGAUUUGAAACAAUGUAAACCAUUCUCCAGCUGUUGCAUUAAUUAUAAUUGUUUUUAAAACCUUUUAACAAUUUGUAUGACUGUUACUAGUCAUAGUUCUGGCCGGCAGGGCUCAACAAGGCAUUGUGCAACAUAUUGUGUGCAGACAUGUCUCUGUCGUGUAGAAUAGGGAAUCAUGUCAGCUGUAUGUACAGUGAGGGAAAAAAGUAUUUGAUCCCCUGCUGAUUUUGUACGUUUGCCCACUGAAAAAGACAUGAUCAGUCUAUAAUUUUAAUGGUAGGUUUAUUUGAACAGUGAGAGACAGAAUAACAACAAAAUCCAGAAAAACUCAUGUCAUAAAUGUUAUAAAUUGAUUUGCAUUUUAAUGAGGGAAAUAAGUAUUUGACCCCUCUGCAAAACAUGACUUAGUACUUGGUGGCAAAACCCUUUUUGGCAAUCACAGAGGUAAGACGUUUCUUGUAGUUGGCCACCAGGUUUGCACACAUCUCAGGAGGGAUUUUGUCCCACUCCUCUUUGCAGAUCUUCUCCAAGUCAUUAAGGUUUCGAGGCUGACGUUUGGCAACUCGAACCUUCAGCUCCCUCCACAGAUUUUCUAUGGGAUUAAGGUCUGGAGACUGGCUAGGCCACUCCAGGACCUUAAUGUGCUUCUUCUUGAGCAACUCCUUUGUUGCCUUGGCCGUGUGAUUUGGGUCAUUGUCAUGCUGGAAUAUCCAUCCAUGACCCAUUUUCAAUGCCCUGGCUGAGGGAAGGAGGUUCUAACCCAAGAUUUGACAGUACAUGGCCCCGUCCAUCGUCCCUUUGAUGCGGUGAAGUUGUCCUGUCCCCUUAGCAGAAAAACACCCCCAAAGCAUAAUGUUUCCACCUCCAUGUUUGACGGGUGGGGAUGGUGUUCUUGGGGUCAUAGGCAGCAUUCCUCCUCCUCCAAACACAGCGAGUUGAGUUGAUGCCAAAGAGCUCGAUUUUUGGUCUCAUCUGACCACAACACUUUCAGCCAGUUCUCCUCUGAAUCAUUCAGAUGUUCAUUGGCAAACUUCAGACGGGCCUGUAUAUGUGCUUUCUUGAGCAGGGGAACCUUGCGGGCGCUGCAGGAUUUCAGUCCUUCAUGGCGUAGUGUGUUACCAAUUGUUUUCUUGGUGAAUAUGGUCCCAGCUGCCUUGAGAUCAUUGACAAGAUCCUCCCAUGUAGUUCUGGGCUGAUUCCUCACCGUUCUCAUGAUCAUUGCAACUCCACGAGGUGAGAUCUUGCAUGGAGCCCCAGGCCAAGGGAGAUUGACAGUUAUUUUGUGUUUCUCCCAUUUGCGAAUAAUCGCACCAACUGUUGUCACCUUCUCACCAAGCUGCUUGGCGAUGGUCUUGUUGCCCAUUCCAGCCUUUUGUAGGUCUACAAUCUUGUCCCUGACAUCCUUGGAGAGCUCUUUGGUCUUGGCCAUGGUGGAGAGUUUGGAAUCUGAUUGAUUGAUUGCUUCUGUGGACAGGUGUCUUUUAUACAGGUAACAAGCUGAGAUUAGGAGCACUCCCUUUAAGAGUGUGCUCCUAAUCUCAGCUCGUUACCUGUAUAAAAGACACCUGGGAGCCAGAAAUCUUUCUGAUUGAGAGGGGGUCAAAUACUUAUUUCCCUCAUUAAAAUGCAAAUCAAUUUAUAACAUUUUUGACAUGCGUUUUUCUGGAUUUUGUUGUUGUUAUUCUGUCUCUCACUGUUCAAAUAAACCUAUCAUUAAAAUUAUAGACUGAUAAUUUCUUUGUCAGUGGGCAAACGUACAAAAUCAGCAGGGGAUCAAAUACUUUUUUCCCUCACUGUAUUCCCAUUUCAUGAAUAUCCCACACUGCCUCUCACAACCCCACGCUCCACAAUGUUGUGCCCGUCUUGAGUGUGCAUGCCUUUGUUCUUGCAUGUAUUUUCAUAUGCAUUUAAAUAAUCAACACACUCUCGAGCAGAAUCGGAUAUUCAGCCAAGCAUUGGUUUAAACUGACUUAUGCUAUUUUUGUUUGUCUGUUGCAGAGUCAUAACCCAUGUGAUGGAGGGAGUUCAUUCAAAGCUGCUAUUUGUUGUUUUUGCCCAUCUUAAUGAGUUUACUGGACCUUAUUCUGUCAAGAAUUAACCAGAUUUGAUAAACAAAUUGUAAGGAGAUACUUCCUUGUUUACUACUGUUUUAUUUUGUAUGUUUUAUUCUGUUAAUAUAAAUGUGUUUUAUGUUU